GCUCCCCCCCGCUCCGCCUCCGCCGCAACCGCACCGAGACACAAAAAAAGCGGCUGGGGCCGGGCCGGGGCCAUGACGGAGACCACCAAGACCCACGUUAUCCUGCUGGCCUGCGGCAGUUUCAACCCCAUCACCAAGGGCCACAUCCAGAUGUUCGAGAGGGCCCGUGACUACCUGCACAAGACUGGGCGGUUCAUCGUCAUUGGUGGCAUCGUCUCACCUGUGCAUGACUCCUAUGGGAAGAUGGGCCUGGUCUCCAGCCGGCACCGCCUGACCAUGUGCCAGCUGGCCGUGCAGUCCUCCGACUGGAUCCGGGUGGACCCCUGGGAGUGCUACCAGGACACCUGGCAGACCACCUGCAGCGUGCUGGAGCACCACCGUGACCUGAUGAAGAGAGUGACUGGCUGCAUCCUCUCCAACGUCAACACCCCCUCCAUGACCCCUGUGAUCGGACAGCCCCAGAAUGAGUCUCCGCAGCCCAUCUACCAGAACAACAACGUUUCCAACAAGCCCACCGCAGCAAAGAUCCUGGGGAAGGUGGGAGAAAGCCUGAGUCGGAUUUGCUGUGUUCGCCCGCCCAUGGAGCGCUUCACCUUUGUGGAUGAGAACGCCAACCUGGGGACAGUGAUGAGAUACGAGGAGAUUGAACUCCGCAUCCUCCUGCUCUGUGGCAGUGACCUGCUGGAGUCCUUCUGCAUCCCUGGCCUCUGGAAUGAGUCUGAUAUGGAGGUGAUCGUUGGGGAGUUCGGGAUUGUGGUGGUCCCCCGGGAUGGAGCAGACCCUGAUCGGAUCAUGAACCACUCCUCAAUACUCCGCAAGUACAAGAGCAACAUCCUGGUGGUGAAGGAUGACUCGAACCACCCCAUGUCAGUCAUCAGCUCCACCAAAAGCAGACUGGCCCUGCAGCAUGGGGAUGGACAUGUCGUGGAUUACCUCUGUCAGCCCGUAAUUGACUACAUCCUCAAGAGCCAGCUCUACAUCAAUGCCUCUGGCUAAGCACCUGAGGCCCUGCAGAAAGACAACCCUGUUGCCCCACGUCCCUACAGCUCUCCAUCACACUUUUCUCUCUCUUUCUGUGUCUCCAUCUCUCCCCACCCCACGGCCUCUCACUCCCAGCGCCAACGCUCCAUAGUGCAGCAACAUCUAGCGGCACAGCCCCGCGGGGAAUGGUUUGGUCUCCUUUUUUUUGGGAACUGCCCUCCCCAUCAUGUGUGGGGAGGGAGGGGGACAGAGAUGUGCUCAGUGUGCUCGGGGAAGGAGGCAGCUCUGGCACACCUCCCCCACACAUGUCACUGGGAAAUGGUCCCCCCGUCCAACCUCCCAGCAUGCUCAGAGCAGGGGCUUCCUCUUUGGCAUCAUCUUACCCUACUUAAGCUCAAUACAUCUAGGUGGACUUUUUUUUUUUUUUUUAAUUAGUUGCAAUGUCAGCCCCAUGGAGCUCUUGCCCCAGUGCCCUGCUUCCAAAUGAAUCCUGGUGGGUAGUGGACAGGUGUAACACAGCUGGUUCGGUGCCCCACCACAGGUGGACCUCCUCAGGCCAGCAGUAGGACAACCCAGCCACCAAAAUCCUUCUCUUGACCCUGAAAAUUGAGAUGGUAUUUCUGAAGGAGUAAACACUGUUGCCAAAGCAUUACUUGCUGGAAAGUAUGUCACGUCUCACCUUUCCUUGGCUGCCAGUGAGCCCAGCUCAUCCCAAGGCAAGCGGAGCUGGGGUGAGGCUAUACUCCAGCCCCCACAUCAGAGGGGAUGGCCCACAGCACCUAGACAGGGACCUGCCAUUUCUAAGGCCAAGAAGUGUGGGAGAAAGAAGAGGGAUGAAGCAGGAGGCAACCCAAAGCCACUGAUGAGAAUUGCCUCAGGCCUGGAUGAGCUUCAUGGAGACCAGGUCUUGCCUCAUCCUCUAGCCUCCAGCUCUCUGUUUCUACCUGUAAACUCCCCCCUUUUCCCUUCACUCCAAUCCUUGAAGAGUUUAUUAAAUUCAUGAUAUUUUUGCCCUCCCAAAACUGGCUUUGCAUACUCCACACAUCCCCUGGGACAAGCCAGUCUCCUACUUUCAUGCCUGCAAUGUGCCCUGUGUAACCUGCUCAGCCAAAUGUCCCAAACCAGGGCAGGUAACAUGGAGCAAAAGAAAUUAAGUCCUGCAGAGACAAGGGUUACUGAAGUGGGAUACUCUCCUGCUGGGUAUGCCCAGGAUGAAAGGAAUCUGCUUCCCCUGAUUGCUCAGCCUCACGGAAGGAUGACAGCCGCAAGGAGGAAGGUACAGUCCUGCUCUACUCCUCACCUUCUCCCCUCCCCUUGCUCCUUCUAACCUUGUAUCUCUAGUGUCUAUAGCUCCUGGACCCAUUCCCCAAAGACCCGGGCUGACGAGGCCUAGGGAACCCCCUGCCACAGCACACCUGCUCUUCAUGAUCCCCAGGGCAGCGCUGUGACCAGCUGCUGCUCCCCAGCAAGGGCCAGUACUGUGCUGUCACACAUGAAGGCUGAGACUCCUCCAGGGUGUUUCAGGGAAAGAGCUGAAUUUACUUCUUCUUCUUCCUUAAACUCUACAAAGAGUCACGAGCUGGAAGCUUCAAAGAUGGAAGCUUCAAAGAUGAGACAUUGCACUAAGCGUGGUGACCUGCUGGACACUGCUGUCCUCUGUGCUAUAAAUCUGCUGCAGCUCCCUCCAGAGAAGGCAGCUGGCAUCUCUGCAACAGCAAGUGACCUCAGGCAAGACAACAUUGCCUGCAAACCCCAGGUCCUCACAGCGCACAGGGUUUCAUGAGCAGCAGCUAACGGCUCCGCAGAGAAGGGCCAAACCAGAGAGAGUGGCCAGAGCAUGCAGGAAUCAGCCCGCAGGGAUGCCUCUGCUCCUGAGAUGUCCUUCUGCUAGUUUGAGCUGCUAACCAACAUCCUACCAAGCCCCCUUAGCUAAUGCAUUGGGCAGGUACCCCUAUCUGGGUUUCUUGUCCAUAAAUACCCAACGUCUGUAAGCCAGUGGCUAGAUUCCUCUAAAUCCAUCGUCCUCACUGUCCUGUGUGGUCAGUUUUUCAGCCUCUCCAUCCUUUCAAACCCAGCACAGAAGUUAUUCUAGACAACAGCCUCAGACAUCACGCUCAGUUUUUAGCUCCAAGCUGGAGGAGAAAAAAUAAUGUUAGAAGCCAGCCUCCAACACACACACACAAAGGGAUUUUAACCUCUAGGAAAAGUGAAGCAGCUUUGAAGAGGGAGGAAGGAUGGUGGAUUUUAAUGGUGGAAAUGGGAAAACAAAAGAGGAGACACUAAGGAGUGAAGGUGGCACAUCUGAGAGCAAACUCAGAUCCCCUUCUCCCUCCCUCCCUCAGGUACACGAGAUGGGACGUGCGGGAAGCCAGCUGGCUUUCAAUCUCAUCGUGUUUAGGAUGGCAUGCCUUAGAGACAUAGCGUUGUGAUAGGGAUGAUGAAUAUAUUCUGUCUUACUAGUCUUAUCUACGCCUUCAUGUAUCCGCUCAGUAAAACUCACAGUACGGGGCAAGGAUGGGGUGGGAGGGGGGUUUGUAACAGGUCAGUCAAUGCUGGGAUUGGUUUUGAAAACGGCUUUGGGUGGGUAUGGGAAAGAUCAUCCUUCGAGAUCCACGUAGACGGUGGGGAGGUGUGGAAGGGGGUGUCCAGCGCAUGGGUGGGGUGGGAGGAAGCUCUUGUGUUUUGGUCUUUGAAUCUCCAAUUUUAAAGUGUGAUUUGCUGAAAGAGAAAUGAACUUCAAAUGCCUUUUGGGAAAAAAAUAAAAUGUGGGGGGGAGGGGGGUGUUGAAGUUGCCAUGCCACCGAUAUCACUUUUGUGAAAGGUUUUGGAGCCUAAUUUUUUUUUCUUCUGUUGCUAUAUGAAGAAAUUGGUCAUUGACAAAAGAAAAGUCUUUAUCAGCAAAAUGUUUAAAUUAUGUAAUAAACAAAAGAAAAGAAAAAACA